CAUUGAAAUAUUUUUUUCUAACGAACAGCUUUUAUUUUAUUAGUAAGCAAUUUCUUCUUAUACAAAUAUGAGAUGAAGAAAAAAAAAUUCGCUGUUUCUUGUGUGGCUCUGAAAUAGGUUAUUAUGGCAACAAGCAAGAUGGCGUCCUCCGAACUCGUUAUAAAAGAAAAUCUUGAAGAGCGGAAUAUAAAAAAGGAUAAAGAUGUGGAGGAACUUUAUCUUGCUGACAAGAACCUCACUGAGUGCAUCGAUUUAUCAGCAUAUAAAUAUUUGCGAUGCUUAUGGUUGAACAAAAACAAGCUUCGCAAACUCACAUGCGUGGCCAACAAUUUCCAGCUGAGAGAGCUGUAUCUGCAGAGUAACCAGCUGACAGAUGUGUAUGGUUCCCUGCAACACUUGACCUGCCUUGAGGUGCUCAUGCUGCACAACAAUCAGCUCACCAAACUGGACAGGCUUGUCAAAGAGUUCAAGAAAAUGCAGACCUUGAAAAUCCUCAAUUUGUUCAACAACCCAGUGGCCCAGGAGCCAGACUACAGACUGUUUGUCAUUCACUCUGUAUCAUCAGUGGAGUUACUAGACAGACAGGAAGUACUCAAGGCUGAGCAGGAAGCAGCCCAGAAAAUCUACAAUCAAGAGCAGGAAAAAAUAAGGGAGACCAUUGCCUUUGGACGUAGAUCAGAGGGGCCUCCGAGUUUGUACUACCCUGGAAAAGAACAGCAUCUCACAAAGUUUGUUCCACCGCGCCGAUACAUAAAACCAGAUACUAAUACAAGAGAUUUGGGCAACAGUUUUCUGCGAGACAGUCCCCUGUAUGCAACAACUGAUGAUGCGUGCAAUGCUCGUAGACUGAAGAAAUCUGUCACACUUUUCACAACAUUUGAUUGGGCCAAGAUCCCUCGAUUAGAAGAACGACGUCAGUUGAACACAGUUUUUGAUUCUCCCGAAAUUAUUACUCAUGUUUACAGAUAAAUCGAUAACCAAUCAUUGAAACAAUUUUUUAAAGUAUUUUUUUCAUUUUCAAACAUCAAUAAGAAAAUAAACAUUUGAAAGACAAUGUGAAGAUAAUUUUCGAUGCUGUGUGGAAUUUUGUAAUGUGAUGAUUUGUUGCAGCAAAUUCUGUGAUAAAAGUUUUAUUUGCUGAUCAUUUAUUGUUUUUGUUGAUAAAAGUAAACCACUGCUGAAUGUUUAAAUACUGCUGAGCAUUUUACUUCCAUAAUUGCAUUUUACAAUUGUAUUUUAAAUAAGUAUUGCUUGUUUUA